GGCAGGAUGGGCUGCUCUGGGUUUCCUUCUGUGACCCCUGUCCCCGCCCCCGCUCUUGGUCCCUGAGGGUCCGCCAAGUUUCAUUUCUCCGUGGCCCUGGGCGGAGCUGGAGGCGGAGCCGGCGCCUCAUAAAACCGGAGGAGCCCGGGCCGCAGCUUCUGGCGCUGAGCUAGGAGCGGUGAGUGUCGCCGCUGGGGUCCGCGCUCCAGCCGGGAGAGGGGCGCACGCAGCGGGGCUUCCUGGUGGAGAAGAGGUGAGGGCAGUGCGCGUCCUCUCGCGGGCGGGUGACGUCACGGGAGCGCGGGCCACGGUGGAUGGGCUCCGACCACCCCAGGUGCUGGCCCCCGGAGCGGCCCGCCCGGAAUGACGCGCACACAGCGUCGCAGGAGACACCGGAGGAAGAUGGUGCAGUCUGGGGUGGAAUCCAGGAGUCCGGAUUCAGCCGCUGAGCCCAGUGCAGCGACACUGAAUGGAGACGCUCACCCGGCAGAGAGCGCGCAGCCCAGGGGGCCUGAGAACAACCUGUACGCCCAGUACGAGGAGAGGGUGCGCCCGUGCAUCGACCUCAUCGACUCCCUGAGGGCCCUGGGCGUGGAGCAGGACCUGGCGCUGCCCGCCAUCGCCGUCAUCGGGGACCAGAGCUCGGGCAAGAGCUCCGUGCUGGAGGCCCUGUCGGGCGUGGCCCUCCCCAGGGGCAGCGGCAUUGUCACGCGGUGCCCUCUGGUGCUGAGGCUGAAGAAGCUGCCCCCGGAAGCCGAGUGGAGGGGCUGGGUCAGCUACCAGGACCAGGAGGUGGAGCUCUGCGACCCCGCGCAGGUGGAGCCCGCAGUGACUAAAGCCCAGAACGUGAUCGCCGGGGAGGGGCUGGGCAUCAGCUCCGAGCUCAUCAGCCUGGAGGUCAGCUCCCCGCUCGUGCCGGACCUGACCCUCAUCGACCUGCCCGGCAUCACCAGGGUGGCCGUGGGCGGCCAGCCCGCGGACAUCGGGCACCAGAUCAAGGCGCUCAUCAGGAAAUACAUCCGGAGGCAGGAGACCAUCAACCUGGUCGUGGUCCCCAGCAACGUGGACAUCGCCACCACCGAGGCCCUGAGCAUGGCCCAGGAGGUGGACCCCGACGGGGACAGGACCAUCGGCAUCCUGACGAAGCCUGACCUGGUGGACAGGGGCACGGAGGACAAGGUGGUGGACGUGGCGCGGAACCUCGUGUUCCACCUGAAGAAGGGCUACACGGUGGUGAAGUGCCGCGGGCAGCAGGACAUCCAGGAGCGGCUGAGCCUGGAGCAGGCCCUGCAGAGGGAGCGGGCCUUCUUCCAGGAGCACCCCCACUUCAGGGUUCUUCUGGAGGAGGGCAGGGCCACGGUGCCCAGCCUGGCCGAGAGACUGAGCACCGAGCUGAUCGAACACAUCUGUAAAACGCUGCCCCUGUUGGAGAAGCAGAUCAAGCAGAACCACGAGCAGUGCACGGAGGAGCUGCAGAAGUUCGGCGUGGACAUCCCCGAGGACGACAGCGACAGGCUGCUCUUCCUGAUUGACAAAAUCAACGCAUUUAAUCAGGACAUCACUGCCCUCAUUCAAGGGGAGGAGGUCGUCCGGGAGAACGAAACCCGGCUGUUCACCAAGCUGAGGGCCGAGUUCUGCAAAUGGGAGAGCGUGAUCGAGAAGAAUUUCAAGGCAGGUUCUAGUAACAUCCGGAACCAACUGUGGAAGUUUGAAAACCAGUACCGUGGCCGAGAGCUGCCGGGAUUUGUGAACUUUAAGACGUUUGAGACGAUUGUGAAACAGCACAUCAGAGCCCUAGAGUUGCCGGCUCAGGACAUGCUGCACAGGGUGACAGACAUGGUGCGCGCCGCCUUCACAGAUGUGUCAGAGAGAAACUUCCAUGAGUUCUUCAACCUGCACAAGACCACCAAGUCCAAAAUCGAGGACAUCCGCCUGGAACAGGAGAAGGAGGCCGAGCGCGAGAUCCGGCUGCACUUCCGGGUGGAGCAGGUCGUCUACUGCCAGGACCAGGUGUACCGGGGCGCGCUGAAGAAGGUCCGGGAGGCGGAGGCCGAGGAGGAGAAGAAGUCUCAGAGGUUCGGCGGCUCCUCCUCCGGACUCGGCUCCUCCCAGGACUCCUGCUCCUUGGCCGAAAUCAUCGAGCACCUGGUGGCCUACUACCAGGAGACGGGCAGCCGCCUGUCCAGCCUCGUCCCGAUGCUCGUGCAGUUCUUCGUGCUGCAGUCCUACGGGCAGGAGCUGCAGAAGUCCAUGCUGCAGCUGCUGCACAACAAGGAGAACUGCGGCUGGCUGCUGAGAGAGCGCAGCGACACCAGCACCAAGAGGAGGUUCCUGAAGGAGCGGCUGGCGCGGCUGGCCCAGGCCCGGCGCCGGCUCGCCAAGUUCCCGGGCUGACGGCUCUGCCAGCCGGGCAGCGGGCGGCCCAGACCCCCCCCCCCCCCCCGUGCUGUCCCUUCUGGAACCGCGGCUCAGCUCAGAGCUCCUGGGGACGCCGGCAGCCUCUCCUCCUUUGUAAUAAACGUGUGAGCCUCU